AUGACAGAUGGUGGGGAACGACAUUUUUUUGUAUUUAUUCACUUUUUUACUUUUCAACGAUAUGCGGCAGAGAGAAAGAGAGCUCAGUGGGCUUCAGGUGGAGGAGGGGCCGCUGAGCGGUGUGCAGGGUGGAGAGGAGUGGAGUCAGUUAAUGUUGUUGUUGUUGUUGUUGUCUGCUGCUUUUGUAAACAUGAGCCAUUCUGUUCUCCUCGCCCAGAUAAGCCGAGAGUGUACCAGGGCGUCCGUGUGAAGACCACGGUCAAAGAGCUGCUGCAGAGGCACCGAGCCCGCGAGGCCAACAGCAAAAAGCUGAAAACGAUAUCCCAGGCUUGCUUGGAUCUUCAGGAUCUCUGUCAGUCAACUUUUCCAAGUAUAAUCCCCUCUGGUCACUAUGUGGAUCCUCCUGCCGCAAUCACUCCAGCGGACACGAGCAGUUGCAGCGCGCGAGCCCUCCAGAUGCGCACCGCCCCGUUCCAGGCUCCUGAGAGCGCGUGCGGCAUCCAUAUGCAGGGGAACGCAUUCAGUGACACCCAGCAGCAGUUUGGGGACAUGACGUUGCCCAGUAACUGCUACAAUGGCAGCAACAACAACAACAACAACAUCAUCAUCAACAACAACAACAACAACAACAACUACACCAUCGGCGACGGCGGCUACAACAACAACCACGCAGCCUCCCUGCCUCCUCCUCCCACCUUCCCGCUGCCUUGGUACUAUGGACUCUCCUCAGAUGCGGACUAUUAUGGGCAUGAAAUGGCUCCUGGCUCCCCAGAGUCACAGAAGCUCUACAGCCCCAUGGAUCAUAACAGCUACUCGCCUCAAGACUCCUUCUCUUCCUCCUCCUCCUCCUGCUACGACUCGCCCACCAGGAUGGAGUCCAGCCACCACGGCUUUGCCUCAGAACACUUCCACUACCAGCACUGCAACCUUCAGGACUGUUACUGCCUGUCCCACUGUUGGUCGGGUCAGCAGGAGGGCUUCACUGCCCCUGAAUACACACCUUGCUACAACCCCACAGACUAUCCAUACACCUGCCUGGUGGAGGAGAGCUUCAGGAGGGAUUUGCAGACAAGCGCUGAAAUGUGUUACAAUGUAUUAUGAUGUGACCUUUGACAGUAUUGUUUUUUUUCUAUUCUGGCUGUAAAUACAAUUUUCUCUUUUAAUUACUCACAUUUCACCGUGCUCUUACUGGCUUGUGUCUUUGGUGGAGUGGAUAUAUAUAUAUGUAUAUGUAUAUGUAUAUAUAUAUAUAUA